AUGUAGAUCGUAAAAUCACAAAUCCAGCUCCGCAUUCAUGUCUUCUUCUACUUAUAUUUCUCUCUCCUAGGGUUUCCGAGAUUCGUCCCCGCGCCUCCUCGCUCCGAUCGUCGAUCGCUUUUUAGAGAUCUCUCCGUCGUUGAUUUCUACGAAAUCCAUAUACAUAAUGGCAAUGGAAGUCACCCAAAUUCUUCUGAAUGCGCAAUCAGUAGAUGGUACUGUGCGGAAACAUGCAGAAGACAACCUGAAACAGUUUCAGGAUCAAAAUCUUCCUGGAUUUUUGUUAUCUCUCUCUGGGGAAUUGGCAAAUGACGAUAAACCUGUGGAUAGUCGUAAAUUAGCAGGUUUGAUCCUCAAGAACACCUUGGAUGCCAAGGAGCAGCAUAGAAAAUUUGAGCUUGUACAGAGAUGGUUGUCUCUAGACACAGCCGUGAAGACUCCGGUUAAAGGAUGCUUGUUGCAGACCCUUUCUUCUCCUGUGCCAGAUGCACGAUCUACUGCAUCCCAAGUCAUUGCGAAGAUCGCAGGUAUCGAGUUGCCACACAAUCAGUGGCCUGAGCUUAUAGGAUCUCUGUUGGGGAACAUACACCAACUUCCAGCUCAUGUCAAGCAGGCCACUCUGGAAACUCUUGGGUAUUUAUGUGAGGAAGUGUCUCCGGAUGUUGUUGAUCAAGACCAUGUGAAUAAGAUACUUACAGCUGUAGUCCAGGGUAUGAACUCUUCUGAAGGAAACACUGAUGUCAGGCUCGCUGCCACUCGAGCUCUGUAUAAUGCCUUGGGAUUUGCUCAGGCGAAUUUCACAAACGAAAUGGAGCGGGACUAUAUCAUGAGAGUUGUUUGCGAGGCAACUCUGUCCCCUGAGGUGAAGAUACGGCAAGCAGCAUUUGAGUGUUUGGUUUCCAUUUCAUCUACGUACUAUGAGAAGCUUUCACCCUACAUUCAUGACAUAUUUAACAUCACUGCGAAAGCUGUGAGGGAGGACGAAGAGCCUGUUGCUCUUCAGGCUAUUGAGUUUUGGAGCUCAAUCUGUGAUGAGGAAAUCGAUAUCUUAGAAGAGUACGGAGGUGAUUUCAGUGGUGACUCUGAGAUUCCGUGUUUUUACUUUAUUAAGCAGGCACUCCCUGCUCUAGUUCCUAUGCUACUGGAGACGCUCCUUAAACAGGAAGAGGAUCAAGAUCAGGAUGAAGGUGCUUGGAAUCUUGCAAUGGCUGGGGGAACUUGCUUGGGCUUAGUUGCACGGACGGUCGGGGAUGACAUUGUCCCCCUUGUGAUGCCGUUCAUUGAAGAAAACAUAACAAAGCCUGAUUGGAGGCAGAGAGAGGCAGCCACGUAUGCAUUUGGUUCAAUCUUGGAGGGUCCAUCCCCAGAUAAGCUUACGCCUAUUGUCAAUGUUGCUCUUGGAUUUAUGCUUACAGCCUUGACAAAAGAUCCAAAUAAUCAUGUCAAGGACACCACUGCAUGGACCCUUGGAAGAAUAUUUGAGUUCCUUCAUGGCUCAACUGUUGAGACCCCCAUAAUCACCAAUGCGAACUGCCAACAGAUCCUUAUGGUUUUGCUUCAAAGCAUGAAGGAUGUUCCUAAUGUUGCUGAGAAGGCAUGUGGGGCUCUCUAUUUCCUUGCUCAAGGUUAUGAAGACGUGGGUCCAUCUUCCCCGUUGUCACCUUUCUUUCAAGACAUCAUUCAGGCUCUUCUAACUGUGACCCACAGAGAAGAUGCUGGAGAAUCCCGCCUCCGGACUGCUGCCUAUGAGGCUUUGAAUGAAGUCGUUAGGUGUUCAACUGAUGAGACGGCUCCUACAGUCAUGCAACUGGUUCCAGUUAUCAUGAUGGAGCUCAGCCAGACUCUUGAAGCACAGAAGCUGUCAUCAGAUGAGAGGGAGAAGCAGAAUGAAUUGCAAGGGCUCCUUUGUGGGUGCUUGCAGGUUAUCAUACAGAAGUUGGGAGGGGCCGAAUCGACCAAGUAUGUCUUCAUGCAGUAUGCAGACCAGAUCAUGGGUCUCUUUUUGAGGGUUUUUGCUUGCAGAAGUGCCACAGUGCAUGAAGAGGCUAUGCUUGCCAUUGGGGCCCUGGCAUAUGCAACUGGUGCAGAUUUUACAAAGUACAUGCAAGAAUUCUAUCCUUAUCUGGAAAUGGGCCUCCAAAAUUUUGAGGAGUACCAGGUCUGUGCUAUUACUGUUGGUGUAGUUGGGGAUUUGUGUAGGGCUCUGGAGGAAAAGAUACUUCCUUACUGUGAUGGAAUUAUGACACAACUGCUGAAGGAUUUGUCAAGUAAUCAGCUACAUCGGUCUGUGAAGCCUCCUAUAUUCUCGUGCUUUGGUGACAUUGCUCUGGCAAUAGGAGAGAACUUCGAGAAGUACUUGACAUAUGCCAUGCCCAUGCUCCAGAGUGCUGCAGAGCUAUCUGCACAUGCAUCAGGUGCUGAUGAUGAGAUGACAGAGUACACCAAUCUUCUAAGAAAUGGAAUCCUUGAAGCAUACUCUGGUAUUUUCCAAGGUUUUAAGAACUCCCCAAAGACUCAGCUACUGAUGCCUUAUGCACCACACAUCCUUCAGUUCUUGGAUAGCUUAUACAUGGAAAAGGACAUGGAUGAUGUUGUGACUAAGACUGCAAUUGGAGUCCUGGGAGAUCUUGCUGACACGCUUGGCGGUAAUGCUGGUCCUCUGAUUAGUCAAGCUGUUGCAAGCAAAGACUUCUUAAAUGAAUGCUUAUCAUCAGAUGAUCAUUUGAUUAAAGAAUCUGCUGAUUGGGCUCAGUUGGCUGUCAGUCGAGCAAUUUCCGGUUGAUGCUACUUGGUCCUGGUAGAAGUCUAUGCAUGCAUUCGAGUGUGUCGAGUUUGGUCCGGGAUUGCAUUCAUGUCUGGGGUCGCCAUAUUUGCAUGAAGGUUCGGGUGGAGUCGGAGGUCGUCACUAACUCUCGUGUCAGCACCAUGGAGUCGGGUUUUUUCUCAUGAGGAAGUGGGUAGUGAUGACCCACCUCUGCUAACUUUGCAGAAUGUGGCUCAAGUCCUCCCUUCCAGAAAGGGGGAGGGAGUUGUGUUCUUGUCAGCAACACAGCUGAAGCCACUUUGUCCUUGCCUGCCUAAGUUUCUUUCUCCACCAACCUCUUCAUUGGGUCCUGCUCGCCGAGGCGUCAACAGAACCUCAUGGGCUGUCUCUCUUUUCAACAGGUAAGCAGUCAAUCAAUGGUCAGGCAUUUCGAGUCAAUGACCCCCAAAAAAUGCGGCGCGGGCUUUGAUUUGUCCAGAGUCGACCGUGGCGCUAAAAUCAUCCAGCGGCAAAUCCACUUUUUCUUUCCUCCCUUUUGCAUAUUUUUGAAAUCUUGUAUUGGUCUUGCAUUGUUCCAGUUCUGUCUGUCACAGUCGCGUCUCCCUUCUGUAUACUCGGUAGUCGUCCCUGGAAGAUCUUUCAGGACUUUUGCAUUACUCCCAUACUUAGGCAUUUCAUACCCUGCACUAGUCAUUUUCCAUCAUUAUAGUUUUUAAGUAGUCAAGUGUUUGAUAUUGCUGGAUCAAUUAAAUCAUGCUUGCCUUAUUUCUUGCAUUUUUUUUCCAUCAUCAUCUAUUUUGCUAUGUGUAGUCAUUUAUCAUUACUAUUGGUAAAGGCGAUAUCAUCAUGAAAUGGGUGGGUUUGGAAUGAGGCUGUGUAUCCUUUGUAAUUCUCUCCCUUGUGUUCAGUUUUCAGGUGAUAUAUGAAAAUUUUUAUGGGUUUUUGAGGCAA